AUGAUAUCCUGUGCUUGCUUUUGUUGUUGUUCAUAUUUGUUUCUUGAGUGAUUUUAAUAGAUACCAAACAUGGACCUGUAGAUUUAAUUCCCAAUUUGCCCUUUUUCUUCUUCCUUCAUCCCUUGAUUGUUUUUUUUUUCUCUGGGAAUAUAGAAAAAGAUCUCUCAAAUCCUUGUUACCGAUUCUGAGUCCCGAUUACCUGAACCUGGCUGCAGUUGAUGGACCUUUGACCAUCCAAUUCAAGAAACCCUAGAUUCAACUAUAGAGUAUGUAAUGGGGACAGAGCUAAUGAGAGUCUGUAUGAAAGAAGAGAGUGAUGAGUUACCAUCUGUUCCUCCUGGCUUUGAAUCAUAUGCUACUCUCACCCUAAAAAGAGUACUCCCUGGUGGUGGUGCUGCUGCUACUGAUAAAACCAUGGAAAGUGUUUCUCCUGUAACCGAACAAGCUAAGAAGAUGGAGACUGAAUCCGAUGAACUCAAAGCUGCUCGGUCUCUAAGGCGUAGACCUUGGAUUAACUAUGCCGGAUGUGAUGAUGAUUCUACUGCACCAAACAAUGACAAUGCAUAUUCUCAGAAUCUUAAUCAAAAUUGUACUCCGAAUACUUCUCUUCCAAAGGGUGUGACCCGGGGAUGUGCAGAAUGUAAUGACUGCCAAAAGGUAACCGCGAGAUGGCAUCCAGAUGAAGCUCGUAGACCCGAGCUUGAAGACGCCCCUAUAUUCUACCCCAGUGAAGAGGAGUUUGAAGACACUCUGAAUUAUAUUGCUAAAAUAAGACCAGAGGCUGAAAAGUAUGGAAUCUGUCGCAUUGUUCCUCCUCCUUCCUGGAAACCCCCUUGCCCUCUGAGAGAAAAGCAAGUAUGGGAAGGUUCUAAAUUCACCACACGUGUCCAAAGAGUUGAUAAGCUUCAGAAUCGGAGUUCAAUGAAGAAGAUUACUAAUCAGAUGAGAAGGAAGAAAAGAAAGUGCAUGAAAACGGGAGUGGAUGCUGUCACUACUAAUGGCAAUCCCGGUUCUGCAAGCACGGAGAUGAGUCAGCUUUUUGAGACGUUUGGGUUUGAACCUGGUCCAGGGUUCACUCUAAAUGACUUCAAAAAGUAUGCUGAUGAGUUCAAGACUCAGUACUUUAAAAAGAGUGAAACUUCUUCUUCUGACAAUGUAUGCAAAGUUGGUAACUCCAUAGACUGCUUGGAGCCAACAGUUGAGGAUGUUGAAGGUGAAUAUUGGCGUAUAGUAGAUAAAGCAACUGAAGAGAUAGAGGUGCUAUAUGGUGCCGACCUAGAAACCGGGGUAUUUGGCAGCGGAUUCCCCAAGAUAUCAACUAGUCAGGAGGCUUCUUCUUCUUCUUCAGACGAAAAAUAUGCAAAAUCUGGCUGGAACCUAAAUAAUUUUUCAAGGCUUCCAGGGUCCCUGCUUAAGCACGAGGGCAGCGAUAUUUCAGGUGUCCUUGUACCCUGGUUGUAUAUUGGGAUGUGCUUUUCUUCCUUCUGCUGGCAUGUUGAAGAUCACCACUUGUAUUCGUUAAACUAUAUGCAUUGGGGUGAACCAAAGCUGUGGUAUGGUGUUGCCGGGAAGGACGCUAUUAAACUCGAGGAGGCGAUGAGAAAGCAUUUGCCUGACCUUUUCGAAGAACAACCUGAUCUGCUUCAUAAGCUAGUAACACAACUCUCCCCGUCAAAACUGAAAACGGCAGGAGUACCUGUGCACCGCUGCGUCCAGCAUGCUGGAGAGUUUGUCUUGACUCUUCCUCGGGCAUAUCACGCUGGAUUUAACUGUGGUUUCAACUGUGCGGAAGCUGUGAAUGUAGCACCGGUUGACUGGUUGCCUCAUGGGCAGAUUGCCAUAGAGUUAUACUGUCAACAGGGUAGAAAAACGUCAAUCUCACAUGAUAAACUGUUGCUUGGGGCAGCAAGAGAAGUAGUGAAAGCCGACUGGGAGCUGAACUUACUGAAGAAAAAUACUUUAGAUAACCUGAGGUGGAAACAGUUCAGCGGAAAGGAUGGAAUCUUGGCAAAAACACUCAAGGCACGCAUAGACAUAGAACGUACAAGAAGAGAGUUUCUGUGCAGUUCCUCGCUUGCGUUGAAGAUGCAUAGUAAUUUUGAUGCUACCAACGAGAGAGAGUGCUGUAUAUGUUUCUUUGACCUGCACCUGUCCGCUGCUGGUUGCCGUUGUUCCCCAGAGAAGUAUACAUGUUUGACUCAUGUGAAGCAGUUGUGUUCGUGUCCGUGGGUUAGUAAAUAUUUUCUGUUUCGCUAUGAUAUCGAUGAACUGAGUGUUCUUGUUGAGGCUGUGGAAGGAAAACUUAGUGCUGUGUAUAGAUGGGCGCGUCAAGAUUUAGGAUUGGCUUUGAGUGCACACGUCUCAGGAAGCAAGAUGGAGAUGGAUGAAGAAGUAGGGAAAGUGCACAAAGACCUGAGUCCACAGGCAGCUGCAGUUGUAGGGUUAGAUGUUAAUUUACUUCUGAAAGACAAGGAGAAAGUAUUACCAAGCCACUGUAUGAAGCCUGUCAAAGAAGAAACUGUUAAUGAGUCCUCUGUUCCAAAAGCUUUAGUUUGCCAACAAUCUGAAGGAGGCAUGCUCUCUGUGGCAGCUGCUAAGUCCAGUGGUAAAAAGAAUUCACAGAAUGUACCUAGUGAUGUGAUUCUCCUCAGUGAUGAUAAUAAGCAUGACAUGCAUAGGAAACGAGGUUCAGUAUCUUCUGGCAACAAGCAGUUGAAAAUACGAGAGAGACCAACCCACGUUUUAGCGUUAGAAGCAAUUAGUAAAAUCCCUGCUCCAAAUUUAGAAAAGCAAGGAAAGUCUUUGCCUGAUACACGAAACACUACUAUAUCAUCAUCAUUGCCUGCUAAUAAUGACCAAAGAGCAGUGGGAGAGGAUGUACCGAGUUGUUCUGUAUCGCAUGUUCAAGUUAAUGCCGUAGCUGAUGGGUCUGCUCGUGAUAUAUGUAAUAGAGUGGACACAAGCAACCACGGUGGUGAAAAACCUACUAGUAGCAGUAAAUCCAAAAUCUCUGGAGGUUUGGUUGUGGUUGAUGGGACAAAAAGCAAAACAAGUACACCAUCUUGUUCGCAAAAUAACGGGACAAGAAGUAAGUCAAGUACACCAACUUGUUCGCAAAACAAUAGUCCGGAUAGGAUCAUCCGCCAAAAGGGUCCACGUAUAGCAAAAGUUGUGAGGAGAGUCAAAUGCAAAGUAGAGCCUUUAAGCUAUGGAUGUGUGCUCUCUGGAAAAUCAUGGUGCAACCGCCAAGCAAUUUUUCCCAAAGGUUUUCGUAGCAGGGUUAGGUACAUCAAUAUCGUGGAUCCAACAAACAUGUGCUUCUACAUUUCAGAGAUUCUGGAUACUGGACGCAAUAGUCCGUUGUUCAUGGUUUACUUGGAGGCUAAUCCGAGUGAGGUGUUUGCGCACUUGUCGCCUACAAGAUGCUGGGAGAUGGUAAGAGAAAGAGUAAACCAAGAGAUAAGUAAGCAACACAAAGCUGGUAAAUUAGAUCUUCCUCCUCUGCAGCCUUCUGGGAGUCCUGACGGUUUUGAAAUGUUUGGAUACACGUCACCCGCCAUCAUACAGGCUAUCGAAGCAUUAGACGUGAAUCGAGUUUGCACAGAGUAUUGGGAUUCAAGGCCUUAUUCGAGGCCACAAGUUCAGUUCCCAGCCAACACAAGCAUCCAAUCAUCAUCGGAUGUGAGAAAUCUCCAGAAAGCCCCCGGUCAAUUGGCUGCUGGAACAAACUCUACUCUCAAAGUUCUGCUGAAGAGAGCUAACGUGGAGGAACUCAGCUCACUUCAACAGGUUUUAAGUGAGUCUAACAUAGAUUUGGUAACCGAACUUGUGAAGGAAGAGCUCCAGAAUCGUAGCUGAUAUGACUCAAAAAGGAGAUUGAUUUUUAGUUGUGUACAUACAGAGUUGAUGAGGCUCACUGGCCACUGCUCAUUCUUUUUGGACACCCUUUCAGAGGAAGGAGGAUAGAAACUUGUAACUAGAUACCCCUGUUUCUUCUUCCGUUCUCUUGAAACAACAAGAACAAGGAGAAAGAAAGAAGAUGUUUAGGGUUCUUGAAACCAUUAGUUUUGGUUACUAGUCGGGUUCCCCUUUCAACAUCACUUACUAGUAGUAUCGUCAUAUGUUCCUCUGUUUUGAACGUUCAAAGGAGGACUUUGGAUUUAACGAGAUUAAAAAAUUCAAGUUCAUAUAAUUACCCUUUUCCAAUA